AUGUCUAAUCAAUUGACGGCAAGUACUAGUACGGCCAGUAAGCACUCUGUUGAAAGUGCCUUGAAGACUGGCCAACUCAGUGACAACGUUUCUCAACAUGAAUUGAACGACCUUGAGAAGGUUGUUGAAGAGAAGCUAAACAAAAAGCCCAAAAGCGAGUACAUUUUUGUCGUACUAUCAUGUCUGAUGGUUGCCUUUGGUGGUUUCGUUUUCGGCUGGGAUACCGGUACGAUUUCCGGUUUUGUUAACCAAACCGAUUUCUUGAGAAGAUUCGGUUCCACUCGUCAUAACGGUACGCAUUACUUGUCCAACGUUAGGACUGGUUUGAUUGUUUCCAUUUUCAACAUCGGUUGUGCCAUUGGUGGUAUUAUUUUAUCAAAAGCCGGUGAUAUGUACGGUCGUCGUAUUGGGUUGAUGAUUGUUGUUUUGAUUUACGUUGUUGGUAUCAUUAUCCAGAUCGCAUCCAUCGACAAAUGGUACCAAUAUUUCAUCGGUAGAAUCAUCUCUGGUUUGGGUGUUGGUGGUAUCACUGUUUUGUCCCCAAUGUUAAUUUCUGAAACGGCUCCUAAGCAUUUGAGAGGUACUUUGGUGUCCUGUUACCAAUUGAUGAUUACUUUCGGUAUCUUCUUGGGUUACUGUACCAACUAUGGUACCAAGAAACAUUCCAACUCUGUCCAAUGGAGAGUCCCAUUGGGUCUUUGCUUCUUGUGGGCCAUUUUCAUGAUUGGAGGUAUGGCCGUUGUUCCUGAAUCGCCAAGAUACUUGGUGAAGAGAGACAGAGUCGAGGAUGCACGUUUGUCCAUUGCCAAGACCAACAAGGUUCCUCUCGACGACGACACUGUGAAGUUGGAGAUUAUGAACCUUGAAGCCUCUGUGGAAAUGGAAAGAUUGGCUGGAGAGGCCUCGUGGACCGAAUUGAUCACUGGUAAGCCAGCUAUUCUCAGACGUACCAUUAUGGGUAUCAUGAUUCAAUCCUUGCAACAAUUAACUGGUGACAACUACUUCUUCUACUAUGGUACCACUAUUUUCAAGGCUGUCGGUAUGGAUGAUUCCUUUGAGACAUCCAUUGUCUUGGGUAUUGUUAACUUCGCUUCCACUUUCUUCGCCUUGUACACUGUUGACAAGUUUGGACGUCGUAAGUGUUUGCUAUACGGUUGUGUUGGUAUGGUCUGCUGUUACGUCGUGUACGCUUCUGUCGGUGUCACCAGAUUAUGGCCUCAUGGUCCAAACGCCGGUAUCUCUUCUAAGGGUGCUGGUAACUGUAUGAUUGUGUUUGCAUGUUUCUUUAUCUUCUGUUUCGCCACGACCUGGGCUCCAAUCGCCUACGUGUUGGUUUCCGAGUCUUACCCAUUGAGAAUCAGAAGUAAGGGUAUGGGUAUUGCCUGUGCUGCCAACUGGAUCUGGGGUUUCUUGAUUGGUUUCUUCACUCCAUUCAUUACCUCCAAUAUUCACUUCUACUACGGUUACGUCUUUAUGGGCUGUAUGGUGUUUGCAUUCUUCUACGUCUACUUCUUCGUCCCAGAAACUAAGGGUUUGACCUUGGAAGAAGUCGAUGAAAUGUACGCUGAAGGUGUCUUGCCAUGGAAGUCCGAAUCAUGGGUCCCAUCUUCCAGAAGAGAAGCUGGCUACAAUGUCGAUGACUUGCAGCAUGACGACAAGCCAUGGUACAAGAGGAUUUCUUUGAAAUAA